GGGGGCGGGGCGCGGGGCGCGCGGGGCGUUGUGGGAAGGGACGGCGUGGGUGGUCGCGGUUCUGAGGCGCUGAGGGGAGCACGGCGCCAGCUCGGGGCAGGCCAGAACUUUGAAGGCAAUAAUGACUUCAAAUAAAGCAAUUGAAUUACAACUACAAGUGAAACAAAAUGCAGAAGAAUUACAAGACUUUAUGAGAGACUUAGAACACUGGGAAAAAGACAUUAAACAAAAGGACAUGGAACUAAGAAGGCAGAGUGGUGUUCCUGAAGAGAAUUUACCUCCUAUUCGAAAUGGGAAUUUUAGGAAAAAGAAGAAAAGUAAAGCUAAAGAGUCUUCUAAGAAAACCAAAGAAGAAAACACAAAAAACAGGAUAAAAUCUUACGAUUAUGAGGCAUGGGCAAAACUUGAUGUGGACAGUAUUCUUGAUGAGCUCGAUAAAGAAGACAGUACCCAUGAUUCCAUGUCUCAGGAAUCAGAAUCAGAAGAAGAUGGGAUUCGUGUUGAUUCACAGAAGGCCCUUGCUCUGAAAGAAAAGGGCAAUAAGUACUUCAAACAAGGAAAAUAUGAUGAAGCAAUUGAAUGCUACACCAAAGGCAUGGAUGCUGACCCAUAUAAUCCCAUGCUGCCAACAAAUAGAGCAUCGGCAUACUUUAGGCUGAAAAAAUUUGCUGUUGCAGAGUCUGAUUGUAAUUUAGCCAUCGCCUUAAAUAGAAGUUAUACAAAGGCUUAUGCCAGACGAGGUGCUGCUCGAUUUGCUUUGCAAAAAUUUGAAGAUGCCAAAAAAGAUUAUGAAAAAGUAUUAGAGUUGGAGCCAAAUAACUUUGAAGCUACAAAUGAACUCAGGAAAAUCAAUCAGGCUUUAACAGUCAAAGAAAAUUCAUAUCCAAAGGAAGACGCCACACUGACCAAGUCAACUGAAGGAGAGAAAAAACAAAUCAAAGAACAGCAGAAUAAGCAGCAGGCCAUUUCAGAGAAAGACCUGGGGAAUGCGUUUUUCAAGGAGGGGAAGUAUGAGAGAGCAAUUGAGUGCUACACCCGGGGGAUAGCAGCAGAUGGCGCUAAUGCCCUCCUUCCUGCUAACAGAGCAAUGGCCUAUCUGAAGAUUCAGAAAUAUAAAGAAGCUGAAAGAGACUGCACACAAGCUAUUACAUUAGAUGGCUCAUAUUCUAAAGCUUUUGCCAGAAGAGGAACUGCGAGGACAUUUUUGGGAAAGAUAAAUGAAGCCAAGCAAGAUUUUGAAAUGGUUUUACUUCUGGAACCUGGAAAUAAGCAAGCAAUAACUGAGCUAUCCAAACUUAAAAAGGAAUUACUUGAGAAAGGACACUGGGAUGCUGUCUUUCUUGAUUCCACACAAAGGCAAAAUGUGAUAAAACCCACUGACAAACCACCUCACCUCAAAUCAACUAGACCACUCAAGAAGGUUCUUAUUGAAGAAACUGGUAGUUUGAUAGAGACUGUUGAUGUGCAAGAGAGCGUUGCAGCUGUGGAAAGUCAUGCUGUUCAUGUAGUGAAUGCAGGAGCAGCCUCAGGCUCUGUGGGUAAGGAGAGCUCAAGUCCAGAAGACCACUUUCCCACCAGCGACACUCCAAGGGCCAAAGUACUGAAGAUAGAAGAAAUCAGUGAUACAUCAGCCCCGCAGCCCCGUGUUAAUUUGAAACAGGACGUAUGUCAGUCUUUCAGUGAGAAGAUUUCUAUAAAAGUGGAACAAACAUCCACACAGUUUCUCACCGCUGUUCUCCCUCCAGUUCCUGCUAACUCAUUCCAGCUAGAAUCUGACUUCAGACAAUUGAAAAGCUCUCCAGAUAUGUUGUAUCAGUAUUUAAAGCAAAUUGAACCGUCCUUGUAUCCCAAGUUGUUUCAGAAAAAUCUAGAUCCAGAUGUAUUCAACCAAAUCAUUAAAAUUCUACAUGACUUUUACAUUGAGAAAGAAAAGCCAUCACUCAUCUUUGAAAUCUUACAAAGGCUUUCUGAACUAAAACGGUUUGAUAUGGCAGUGAUGUUUAUGUCAGAAUCUGAGAAAAAGAUUGCACAUGUAUUGUUCAAUCACAUAGACAAAUCAGGAUUGAAGGAUAACUCUGUUGAAGAACUAAAGAAAAGAUAUGGUGGUUGACUCCAUUUUUUCUGAGAUUGUUUUUGACUUUUACAUAGAAUUUUUUUCUACUGAAAAUAAAGUGUUUUACUCU